AUGCAGCCAUUGCUGAUGUUGCUGCCGUUUCUGUUUACCGUUGCUCAUGCAGUAUAUCAGGACUGGCCACUGGAACGAAGAGAUGUGGAGGACAGUCGUGAUCGUCGACUUCGUGGAACCUAUGAGGAUCCUGACUAUCGCUUCAGGAAACAAUCGGACCACGCAUUCUCUCGUGAACGGCGUGCAAGAUUGUGUGGCAAGAAGAUUAUAGAGCAGUUGCUCAUCCUCUGUGAUUCCUGCAUUCUUCCGAUUGGUUCUGAACUGGCGAAGCGAUCUGUGACCAGACAUGACAUUUACCAAGCUGCUCACCGUCUUAUGAAGCGAGAGCAGUCCAUUGCCGCAAAAUGUUGUGCUGGUGAAUGCAAAAUCUCAGAACUGGAACAACUAUGCUGCAAAAACGGUUAA